CCUGUUGUGUUUCGUCUGCAAAGGUUCGACCGAACCCAGGAUGAAAAAAAACAUAUUUACGUAUUUUUCUGAUAAAAGACGUGCCUUAUAACUACCGUGUACAGUACAGUAUUUCGCUUUAAAGCUUUCAUUGUCGUACCAUCCGCUUAUGCGAGUAUAAUAAGCAAGUUGACGUAACCAGUCGGCGGACGGAAGACAGUAUGUUGACGGAAGUAGACGUGGAUCUUGUGAUGAGAUCAGAGCCAAACCUGCACAGUAAACUGAAAUAUCUAUCAGGUUUUGACGCCAAAGAAGCUUACGAGUAACUAGUAAAUCAUAACCUCAGAUGGUGUUUAUUUGGUCAGAGUUUUUAUAUAGAUAAUUUGUUAUUUACCCGACCUUAUUAAAAAAUCAGCUUCUCAUCAAGCCAAUGAACUACCGUUCAUUGACUCAGUACUUUUGUAUAAAAAAACUGUGCGGUCCGUUCGAAAACAAGCAUAUUGUAAUUGUUUUUGCGCGUGAUUUCAUAUAAUUAUGUGGUGUGGAGUUGUAUUUUAACUGAAAUGUAAUACAGUUUUUGUCAACCUCGAAGAAACAUGUUAAGCCAAUGGCAGCUUCACUAUGAAUGUGCAACAUAAAAGUUUUGAAUGUUGCUGAUAGGAAGCAAACGUUAUUUUCAACUAGAGUCAUCGAAAUAUAACUGUGGUAUAUUACAGUAGAUAGAGUAUUUUGUUUUUUUAUAUUGCGUUAGUCCAUGGAGAAGAUGUCUCCAAUUCCUGCUCUUCCUCUUAUCAUUAACUGUUGUAUGUCUGCACUUGGGUGCGUUGCAACAGUGAAGCUUAUUCCUGCUUUUAAGAAUCAUUUCAUAUCUGCGAGACUCUGUGGCAUGGAUCUAAAUAAAACCAUAAAGAAAGAGGUGCCUGAAUCACAAGGGGUUAUCAGCGGCACAGUCUUCCUCAUCAUUCUCUUCCUCUUCAUCCCUGUGCCCUUCCUCCAUUGCUUCAUGGGAGAACGGUGUCAACGGUUCCCUCACAACGAGUUUGUCCAACUGAUUGGUGCUUUGUUGGCCAUCUGCUGCAUGAUAUUCCUGGGUUUUGCUGAUGAUGUUCUGAACCUACGAUGGAGACACAAGCUAAUGCUGCCCACUAUGGCCUCCCUGCCUCUACUCAUGGUCUACUUCACUAACUUUGGCAACACUGUCAUCGUCGUGCCCAAACCUUUCCGUGUCCUGCUGGGGAUGCAUCUGGACUUGGGCAUUCUGUAUUAUGUAUAUAUGGGGAUGCUGGCUGUGUUCUGUACAAAUGCCAUUAACAUCUUGGCUGGUAUCAAUGGCAUUGAGUCGGGGCAAGCUCUCUUCAUAUCUGGCUCCAUCAUCAUCUUUAAUUUUCUGGAGCUCAAUGGAGACUACAGGGAUGACCAUGUUUUCUCUUUGUACUUCAUGAUUCCCUUUUUCUUCACCACAUUAGCCCUCUUCUACCACAACUGGUAUCCUUCCUCUGUGUUUGUGGGAGACACUUUCUGUUACUUUGCUGGAAUGACGUUUGCAGUGGUCGGGAUACUCGGCCACUUCAGUAAGACCAUGCUGCUUUUCUUCAUCCCCCAAGUCAUCAACUUCAUUUACUCUCUGCCUCAGCUCUUUCACAUUAUUCCCUGUCCCAGACAUCGCCUGCCAAGGUUACAGUCUGACACGGGAAAGCUUGGCAUGAGCUACUCCAAAUUCAAACAGAAGGACCUGGGCAAAUUAGGACAACUUAUUCUAAAGGUGGCAGAAAUGUUAUGGCUCCUGGAUGUGCGUAGAGGGCAGGAAGGAGAUGAUGAGUUUAUUGAGUGUAACAACAUGACCCUUAUCAACCUGGUACUAAAAGUGCUGGGACCUACCCAUGAGAGGAACCUGACUGCAAUCAUGCUGUUAAUACAGGUCUUGGGGAGUGCCGUGGCGUUUGGAAUCCGGUAUCAUCUUGUGCGUCUGUUCUACGACGUCUAGACCACUGAAGCUCCUGAGAAACGUUACAACCUGCUGCUUUCAUUUGGAGAAAAAAAAUACUGAAAUAAAACUGAUUGUUGAUUAAUUACUAAACCGACUUUCCUCUAUAAAGUAUGGAAUCUUGACACAUUGUAUUUCAGCUUCUCUGUCUAUACAUCUGCAUGUGUAGGGACAGUCUAUACGUAUGCCCUUAAUUCUCAUUGUGACAUAAAAGCUCUGUAGAUAAUGAACAGGUGUCUGCAUAAAGAUUUCCAAUAAUUUGGGAUGACCUGAAAAGAGGGUUGUAUUUUGAAGGAUUAUGUGAAAAUGUUACAUUCAGGGAUAUUUUAGGGAGUUGGUGAAUUUUUUUACAACAUUUCCGAAGGAUUAUUUGAUAUAUGCAGUUAUUUUAGUAUAUAUAUAUAUAUAUAUAUAUAUAUAUAUAAUUUUUGUGUGUGUCUUUGACUCAUUUGAAUAUACCAACAAUGUCAAUGGACCACACUAGCUUCCGGAGAGGUAAAUGUCCUUUAUAUUUAUACUGUUUUAUGAAUCAGUUAUUAUAUAUUUUAUAUGCGUUUCAUACGGUAUUUAGAAGAGAAACCAAAAAUAGCCCAUACAUUAAUACUAAUAUAAAACACUACAUUUUCAAUUAUUUAGUGUGAUGGUUUUCCAGGUUCUCAAAUUUGAUGGCCCCUUCAUAAAAUACAAAGGGCUACUUAUAAGCUUCAUAUAUAAUAACCUUUUUAUACUAUAGUAAGUGUAGUAUUUGAAUGAGAACAUUUUGUUUUUAAAAUUAAAUAAUUGAAACCUGAGCAGGUGUCUCAGCUCAAGGUUUCUGGCAGCCAUACUCCACGUGGCACUGUCUCCAUUGGCCUGGUCCAUAAUCAAUACUUGGCUCGCCUGCAUGUUUUACAGAAGAGGAGCAUAACAGUCUGAGGAGAGACUCUGGCUUCUGCUCAGUGGAAGGAAUUGCAGAGCUUCUCAGACACGUGUUCUUCCAUUGCUACCACACCAAGUUGAAGCAAUGGGGUCUUGCUUUACUUGACGGCCACAGCGACAUGGGUGCCUGUUCGGUAGGCCUUCAUAACAUCAACAUUGUGCCUGAGGUCCAAGAGAACUUCCUUUGUCUUUGGGAGCACUGUGAGAUGUCUAUGGAUAUUCCCGAGUGGUUCUACAGACAUGUGGAGAUGCAUGCCCAUUGUCUCGAGGCUAAUGAAGAGAAUGUGCUGUUCUGUGGCUGGAAAGACUGUGAGGCCUCUUUCAAAGGCAGGUUUAAGUUGCGAGAGCACAAUGAAAACACAGGAAAAGCUGGUGCCAUGUCUGACCUGUGGAGGACAGUUUGCCAACAACACAAAGUUCUUUGACCACAUUCGAUGACAAACCUCCACUGAAGGUGAGGGUGUUGUGUUUGAGGUGGUACACAUGCAGAAACCGCUAUAAUGAAACAUGAAAACCUUCUGUAUUAAACAAAUUUGAAGCAUUGAUUUAUUUCAUGGAACAUAACAAAAAAUGUUUGGGCUUGGCUCAUUGCACCUAUUUGUGUCCGUAGGUCAAAGAUUUCAAUGUUCUCACUGCUCUAAGACCACAUGAGGAGCCAUGCUAUGGGUCUUUUUGUAUGUCAAGUGUCACAGAGGUUGCACUUUGUUCUGCUGUAUUGGACCUUGCAGGCUUAUAUUGACUAAUGAUGUUCUUCUCUGUUCUCUGAUCAAAGUCAGUCAUUAUAAAUGUCCACUGUGUGAUAUGACCUGUCCAUCACCAUCCUCGCUGAGAAACCAUAUCAAGUUUCGUCAUUCCAACGAGAAGCCUUACAACUGUGACUACUGCGAGUACAGGUGGGGUCACUUCCUUACCAGAGACAGUCAUUCAUUCAUCAUAAUCCCUGCAUAUUUCUAAUCAUCUAGUCCGCCUUUUAAGACCUGUUUGUCAGAACAUGAUCUGCCAGUUGUCUGGUUUUUCAGCUGUAAAAGCCUGAGAGAGUUGCGGAAGCAUUUAGACAUGCACAGCACUGAGCCAGCAUAUCGAUGUGACUUCUCUGAUUGUGACUACUCCACAUGCUCCCUUUACUCAAUCAAGAAACACUACAAACGUGUUCAUGAGGUGAACCAGGCAGGAAAUGCCAGCCACAUAUCUAUAUCACAAAACAACUUCUAUUGUGUUCCACAGAAUAAAGCUAGUCAGUUUGGAAAGACAGGAAGCAUUAUUUUUGGCCAUGAAUAUGGCAAUUAAAAAUUAGGAUAAGCGAACAGUAAUAUAUCAAAUUAUUAUAUUUAGGUGUAUAUGAUCAUUAGUGUGUAUAUAUACUGUGAAUAUUCUUCUGUGCGUGAAAAAAUGAAAGCUUGUGUAUUCAGGUACAGAGUGUGUUCUGGGAAUAAUCCACUUUUCCUGUGAUCGCGUGUGGUGUGUGUCUGUAAGAAGAGUCACGGUUUGUUUGAAUCUCUCAGGACAGGAGGUUGUGCUGGGUUAGGCAGAAUUUUAUGCAUCACUGCAGUAGUCAGGGGUUAGUGUUUGAGCACUUUACAUAGACCUGUGACGCAGAAUUUCGUGUCAUAAUUACAAUCACUCCAGGUCUCAAGCACUCUAGGAACUCUGCUUAGGGAAGCGAACCGGACAAGAUGUGAAAAACAUGAAAUUUACAAUCAGCACAACUGAUAUUUAAGCUAAACUGCAAAUCAGACUUCCCAUGGCUCUCUCCCUUUCUCUGUAAUCUCUUUCUCUGCUCUGGUGAAGUUAGCUGGUGUGUUAGCAGAAUUUAAGAGAUUAGUUUGAGUUAACGGCUUAGUGUAAGCUAAGAUGCAACACUUCCCCUUUCUUUCCAUCUGUCUCUGUGCAGGAAAACAGGUGCUGGAACAUAGCCUUUAAAGAAUACAGUUCCCAAUCCAAACUGUUUUUCUAUAUUAUUCAUAUAAUUAUGACUUCUGCAAUAUGAGACAACAUAACAAGAAAACGCUGAUUAGAAAAGAAGUCGGAGACGUUCAGAGGAAGAGAACAGAAGAGAUAUAGACAGCUUCUGUAUUGGAGGAAAAUUUCCACAAUUAAAACAACAUGAAAGUAGGAAAUCUUCUGCUGCUGUUUCUGGGGUCCUUGCAAGUGGUGUUCACUCAGGUGCCUUUAAAUGUAUUUACUGAAAGAACCACUGUGGAAGAAGAUCUAGGAAGUGGUCUGUUGGAGGUGGAACAGGAGGAUGAACUGGCGGACACUUACUGGUCCGGGACAGCCCCCCUUUGUUUUGGAGGGUGUAAAGGCAGACACCAGGAGCUCAAGAGAGACAACUGUGGAGAUUCAAACUGCUGCUGGGUGGGAUACAAAUCCUUCUGUAGAGUGAAUUGUGGAAAGCCUGAUGUGGACUUUAACGGGAUGGUGUAUGGGAGUGAUUGGUGGGUGGGUUCUGUAGUUCGGUACGACUGCAGGCCAGGGUUCGUGUUGGUGGGAGAUCCUGCCCGAGCCUGUCAGUCCAAUGGCAAAUGGACGCCUAAACCGUCCUGUCUCAGAGUGUGUCAUCGUGGCCGGGUUGAGAUCAACGAGAAGGACAUCGAUGGGACGUGUUCGUCCACCUGUCCUGAUGCUAUGACCUAUGCAGUCCCUCUACACCACAAAUGCAGCCGAAUUGAGAACUGCAGAAGUAAAGAAUCGGGCUGGAAGCGCUGGUUUACACGCUGCAACGACUGCGACUGUGACUGCUUCACUCCCUGCACUUCUACAGGAUAGAAGACAGUGAAUGCGUAUUCAUUUUCCUUUUCUACAAAAGCCUAAACCUGCGGAAAUGCUUCUGUUUUCCGAAUAUACUGUACAUUUGAUUGUAUCUAGUUAGUUAGUCACAAUUGUGGAAAGAUAAGAGACACAUUUCAGUUCCAUAAGUGAUUUUAUUGGAACAUUAUGCUUCUGCAGAUACAAGGAAAUUAUUAGUUUAUUCAUUUGCUUCAUGAUUGAUACAAGAUUAAUGUAGUAUGGUAUUAAUAUAGUUGAAUCAGAGUUGAAUCAGCAUCAGAGAGAGAGAUCUCAUUUAUAACCAUAGAUGUGAUCGCAGAAAACAAAUCUCCUUUUAGUCCCAAGUGGUAAAAUUCAUGAUGAAAUUCUCAUUUUUCUUGGGUUGGUAGCAGCCAAUUCCUGUAAAAGAUUGAGUGUUGGGAAUAUUUUAUAUUUGUGUUGUAAAUAAUGUGAAACCAGAAUACUAAAAAGAAAACACACACAUUUUCACACAUACUCUGUGACAUAAAGUGUGUGCUAUACAAUUAAAUGAUGCACUUACCCACGUUCA